ACAGACUCCUGGAGCGAUGCACAGUGGAUUUGGAAAUCAUUGACUCUUCCUAAAUUAAGGAAUCUUCCCGGCGUGCUCGCAAACGGUCGAAGAAAGCCGUUGGAGGAGCUUCGAGGGGUCCAUACCGCCGUUUGAAAUUUGAGCAUGGCAACUGCGAAUUCAGAAGAGUCAGCUGUAUCGGUCAGGAAAUCACUCGUGAAUUUUGUAAGGGGCCGCACCGGACAGGACAUCGAAGGAACUAUCGAUGACUACCUGGUAAAUUAUCUGCUGGCUAUGUUCGAUCCCGAGACGUUUGACGAUGAUUUCGAUAUCGAAGCACUCCGCGAGAUGCUUUCGGCCUACGUGCCCGCGGUGAACCAAAUCGAAGACACGGAGCUAGUGGGCUGGGUUCACGACAUUUCCCGCGUUCUCUCGCGGGAAGAGAAUGACGCUCCCACAAUCUCUCUCGGUAGCUCACUAGUGAAUUUCAAAGCCUCGGCGUCUUCACGAGCAAAACCGAAAAAGGAGAUUGGCUGUAAAACGGACGAGCCUGAGCUGAAAUCCAAAGGCAAAAUCGACGAGACCCGCGUCGAUGAAAUCGCGUUCGACGCUCUGACCGAGAUGUUCCCGCACAAGAACGCACUUCGAAUUCGUAAGUGUCUGAUGAUCGCGAACGGGGAAGUCGACACUGCCGCGCAACUUCUCCUCCAAGACGACGGUCUGGGCAAAGAUGAACUCGUGCUCAGCUCCACCGAAAUGACCUCACCGAAAGCCCAAGUCGACGAGAAGACUCUCAGGGACCAGAUCAUCAAUCGGUAUGCAUAUUUGGAUGUCGACGAAGACAAGAAAGAGCACAAGCCGGCGGUGCCGAAAGCCGAGCCAAAGAAACUCAUCCGCUACCGGGACAACAAAGUCGUCUCUGUGAAAGGCGAAAGAUUCACCUUGGAGAAGAAAAGUCAAGAUGUCGAGAACUGACCAAUGCUUCGGGGGAUUUCCGCGCCGGUCACGCUGCGGACUGAAGUUCCCACCCCUACAGAAGCUUGUCAUUCAACUCUCCUGAUAUACGUCGUCAAUAUCGUAGCUCGUCAGUUGAUAGUCACUUCGCAUCAAAACGCCUCGCUAUUGGCUCAUCGGAGUUCGUAACCAAUCCUUGAUCGGAGACGCUCCGACCAAGCUCAAA